AUGAAAAAGCAAGCUAAAUCAAGGAGUCCUGAUUAAUAUAUUGAAUAAUUUAUAAAGAAUAAUCAAUAAAAAGUAGACGAAGAUGAAUUUUAAACAUUAGAUUUAACAAGAAUGACCUCGCUCAAUAAAAUAAAUACUGAUGGCUAAAACUUUUACAUAAAUAUAUUGCAUGGCAAUUAAGAAAUGACAAUAAAUCUUUCUUAAUAUUUACAUGAAUAAUAUGGAUUGAUUCAUUCCUUCAAAAAUUAUCCUCCAGAAUAAUAUUACGGUAAUUGUGAAUACAAAUUAAAAAUUAUAAAGGUUGAUUAGUGUAAAAUGGAACACAGAACCACUUAAAUGCAAUUUAGAUUAGAUGAAGGAAAAGGUAUUGCAUAAUAUAGAGUUGGUGUAGAAGAUGAUGGAACUCCAACUGGUAUAAAUUUCGAGGAAAUGUUGGUAUCAAUAUAAUGGUUAAUUAAAUUUGCAAACAAUAACAAAGCUGAAAUCAUAUUAUAGAAGAUGCAUUAAGGAAGAACCAACACAUAAAAGAUAGCAGAAUUCAUGGUGAGAAGAAGGCUACAAGACUCAAUUAAGACUGACAUUAGAAUAGUGAUGUUGGGAUAGGUGAACUCUGGAAAGUCCUCCUUGAUUGGAAUGAUCACUACAGGCAAAUCAAAUAUUGGAAGACAAUAAUUUGGUAAAUUAUUCAGAUAAGUUGUCGGAUUUGAUAGCAAAGGCAAAGUAGUGAAUAAACUCAAUCUGUUAGGAUAAGAAAAAGAAGAUGAAUAUGUUUUUGAAAAUGCUACUAAAAUCAUAACUUUUAUUGAUCUAAAGGAAAGUCAUCAUUAUAAUAAUAAUGAGGCAAUGUAAAACAUUUAAUCUCAAUUUCCUAAUUACUUUAUGUUGGUUAUAAAUGCUAUUUAGUAAUUAGGAGCAGAAUUUAUUUAAUAAUUAAAAUUAACAUUAUCUUAAUAAAUUCCAAUUUUCAUAGUAGUUACGCAUGCUGAUAAGUUGAAAGAUGAUUAUGAAUUAGAGAUAUUAUUGUUCAAUAUUAGAUAAAAGGUGAAAUAGCAUAUCAUAAAAACAAUUCCUAUUAUUUUAGUCAGAUCUACUGAAGAUAUUAUGUUAUUUAGUAAAUAAAUAAUAGAUUAGUAUGAAAAGGAAACAGUCAUUCCAGUUUUUAUUCUAUCCAAUUUAGAAUAUAAAACCCAUAACUUAUUUCUAUAAUUUUUAAAUCAAUUACCAUUAAGAAAUGAAUUUACUAAUAAUAAUACUCAACCUGUGGAAUUCGGUAUUCAUUAAACCUUUGAAAUUGCUCUAACUAAAUAAAUCAAUGAUGAAUAACCUACAAUAGAAUCUGAGAGCUUCACUGUUGAAGAUUUAACUUUAAGAUCCAACAAAGGAUUAAUUCAAGUUCAAGAUAGGAAAUUAUUAAUCUUAGGAGGAACUGUAACAAAAGGCAUCAUAAAGAAAGGGUAAUCUUUAUUGAUGGGCCCAGAUAAAAUGGGAAACUUUUAUCCUGUUUAAGUCUAAAAUCUGUAAUCUAAUAGAGUUAAAGUGAAGUCAGCCUUAAGUGGUCAACUGUGUACAGUCUAAUUUUCACUUGUCAAUUCUUAUGUAAAAAACAUUGGAACUGUUGAAAAUCCAAUCCGAAGAGGAAUGGUUUUGGUUGAUUCUAAACUAAAACCUAAUAGCUAUACGAUUUUUAUUGUUAAUUUAUAAUUUUUUUCAGCAGGCUGGAAACAAUUCCAAUAAUAAUAAUAAUAAUAAGAGUUGAUAUCUUUAAAUCAAACUUAAUACUUAAAUGCUUCUAAUGAAAAGAUAAGUUUAUCAUAAUCUCAUGAAUUAUUAGUUCAUACACCAUAUUCCAAAUAAAUUUGCUUAAUUUUGGAAAAUCUACAUGAAAAUCCAUUUAUUUUGGUUAAAUAACCAAAUAUAUCAAGAUAACCUUCAAGAUCAGUUGAGGGUAAACUUGCUUCGUCAUCCUCAAAGUAUCUUUAAAAAAGCAAAUCAAAAAGGGAGAAAAUUUAAUAAAAAACAAAUAUAUUUGAAAUUAAAUCUGGUGAAACAUUAUCCUUAAAAUUGAGAUUUAAAUAUCAAAGUGAAUAUUUGACAUAAGGCAUGAAAAUAGUUAUUAUGGAAUAAAAGUUUUCUGCUUUUGGACAUGUUGUUUCUAUGGAGAUAUGAGAUUUAUUAUUUAAGCAAUUCUUAUUAAUGGUUGAAUAAGUCUA